AGCCCGGCAGGGAGAGCGGCGGAGGGCGGCGGCCGAGCUGCGCGCGGGGCCCGCGCCACACCCCCGCCCCCGGGGCCCGAGGGCUUCGCCGGGGGAGACACAAAGACAUGCGAAGCGGGGCAGAGCGAGGCUCGCGCACAAAGACGCCGCCGGGGCGCUCGGCCGCUCGGGCUGCACCGACCGCCCCCGCGCCGCGCCGCGCCGCCGACUGGCCAGCGCGGAAGCCGGGGCGGAGCGCACGGCGGCGGCGGGCGGCCGGCGCGGGACCCGGGUCGCCCGCGCUCUCCGGGUGACCCGGGCCCGGCCGCAGGCGCGUGCGGGGGCGGCGGCGCCCGCGCCCAACUUGGCCUCGGCCUCGCCCUCUGCCCAGCCCGCCGGUGUCCCCUCCUUCCCGCGAUUUCGUUGCUUCUCACGCUCCCCCCACCCCCUCCCGCGUCCAGCCCCGCGCUCCCCACCUUGUAAAACAAAGCCGGGGAAAAUGCCUGCCCGUGCAGCUCGGAGCGCGCAGCCCGACUCUGAAUAAUGGCGGCACCCGACUUGCUGGAUCCUAAAUCUGCCGCUCAGAACUCCAAACCGAGGCUCUCGUUUUCCACGAAACCCACAGUGCUCGCGUCGCGGGUGGAGAGUGACACGGCCAUUAAUGUUAUGAAAUGGAAGACGGUCUCCACGAUUUUCCUGGUGGUUGUCCUCUAUCUGAUCAUCGGAGCCACCGUGUUCAAAGCGUUGGAGCAGCCUCAUGAGAUUUCGCAGAGGACCACCAUUGUGAUCCAGAAGCAGACAUUCAUUUCCCAACACUCCUGUGUCAAUUCGACUGAGCUGGACGAACUCAUCCAGCAAAUAGUGGCAGCAAUAAAUGCAGGGAUUAUACCUUUAGGAAACACCUCCAAUCAAAUCAGUCACUGGGAUUUGGGAAGUUCCUUCUUCUUUGCUGGGACUGUUAUAACAACUAUAGGAUUUGGAAAUAUUUCACCACGCACAGAAGGGGGAAAAAUAUUCUGUAUCAUCUAUGCCUUACUGGGAAUUCCCCUCUUUGGUUUUUUGUUGGCUGGAGUUGGUGAUCAACUAGGGACCAUAUUUGGAAAAGGAAUUGCAAAAGUGGAAGAUACGUUUAUUAAGUGGAAUGUUAGUCAGACCAAGAUUCGCAUCAUCUCAACAAUCAUAUUUAUACUGUUUGGCUGUGUACUUUUUGUUGCUCUGCCCGCGAUCAUAUUCAAGCACAUAGAAGGCUGGAGCGCCCUGGAUGCCAUUUAUUUUGUGGUCAUCACUUUAACAACCAUUGGAUUUGGUGACUACGUUGCAGGUGGAUCAGAUAUUGAAUAUCUAGACUUCUAUAAGCCCGUCGUGUGGUUUUGGAUCCUCGUUGGGCUUGCUUACUUUGCUGCUGUCCUGAGCAUGAUUGGAGACUGGCUCCGAGUGAUAUCAAAAAAGACAAAGGAAGAGGUGGGGGAGUUCCGAGCCCACGCGGCGGAGUGGACGGCCAACGUCACAGCCGAGUUCAAGGAGACCCGGAGGCGCCUGAGCGUGGAGAUCUACGACAAGUUCCAGCGGGCCACCUCCAUCAAGCGGAAGCUGUCCGCCGAGCUCGCAGGCAGCCACAACCAAGAGCUGACCCCCUGCCGGAGGACCCUGUCGGUGAACCACCUCGCCACCGAGAGGGACGUGCUGCCUCCCUUGCUGAAAACGGACAGCAUCUAUUUGAACGGAUUGACGCCACACUGUGCGGGCGAGGAGAUUGCUGUUAUCGAGAACAUUAAAUAACCCUCUCUUUGAAGAACCUUAGGCCUAGCCGUAGGUGAGGACCUCUGUAUGCUCUUUAUGACUGUUGCUGGUAGCGUUUUAAAAAAAAAAAAAUUUGUGCAUGAGCUCCAAAGGGGGAACAGAAUAUAGAUAACACCCGUCAUGGCCAUGUGCCAUCUGGCGAAUUUGGAAUUCUGAGCCAGCACUAUCUUUCUGAUGAUGCUUGUGGAGCGGUCCACUCUCUUUGACAAGUGGAACAACACAAGCAAUGUCUGAUGCCUUUUUGUGCCCAGACUGUUUUCCUCCCUCUUUUCAUAAUGUGCCAUAAGGCCUCAGAAUGAAUUAUAAGUGUCUCUGGUAGUAAUGUAGCUUCGAGGGAUCAGUCCUUAACUUUUCAGGGUCUACCUAACUGAGCCUAGAUACGGACCAUUUAUGGAUGACAACGUUUCUUUUUGUAAAUGGCAAGAGAUUCUUAUGCAGCCUUUUACCUAAGAAAUUUUCUGUCAGUGCCUUAUCUUAUGAAGAAACGGAACCUCUCUAGCUAAUGUGUGGUUUCUCCUCCCCCGCCCCACCCCUAGGCUCACCUCUGCAGCCCUUUAUCCCACCACUCCCGUUUGAAUACCAUCCCUUGCUGGAAACAGCGUGUAAACUGACUGAAGUGAUGAUGCCCGAAGAAGGAAUAGAUGCCAAAUUAGAUGGACAUUGAAGCAACACUCAGAAAUUCUAGCAUUAAAGGCACUGCAAAGAAAUGAGGUGUGCAGAUGGUCCCUCUGAGUAUUUAUUUGACUCAGGUACCAGUGGUACAUACACACAGCGUAUUGGUUUCCAGCCUGGUAAAAUUGGCUGCUCCAAACAGUCCCUUCUUUCCUGGCAGUAUUUGGAAUUUAUCAUUUAUUAAGAACUACACAUUUUGAAAGGUGGAAGCAGAAGAAAAAAUAACAUAUGUGCAUAUGUUAUUUUUAUAUAUAAUAUUAUAUAUAUUAUAUAUAUAAUCUGACAAAAGAAAGCUGUUAAACACGGAUCUUUUGGAGGCGAUUUAAGACAAUUGCUGUGAAUUGCCCUUCUGAGGAAUAGAAGAUAGCAUGAUAAUGUGUUAACGACCAUUUGCUAAUAAACGUUAUACUGCCAGCACCUAUUUGCUUUUUUUGAUGGGAAGGCUUAUCUGAUUUUCUCUCCCCAGGUGACUUUUGCCAAACAGGAAGGUGAUGCUGUAGUCAGAGUUGGGUACAGCCUUGCCUUGUGUGGGUGUCCCUCUGGAGCUGUGACUGAGCAUGAGAGCAGUUGAAAGUGGGAUCAUUGUGAUAUUGCACAUGGAAAAAAAAUGCAGAUUGCAGGCAUAAUUCGUCUUUUGACAUUAGAGAAAAAGCUGUUCUAGCACAAUUUAAAUCUUGAGAUCUUGAGAGUUUUUUUUUUUUUAGAUAGAAAAGGCUGAUAACCCUUUUUAGUUGAAUUUUAUAUCCUGUAACUCUUUGGAUGUUUCCAAGAUUCAGAAGAAAUUCAUUAAAGGCACCUAGUAGAUUGCUACUCUUUUAUUUUCAUACUUAGAUCUGCUGUACAUUGUAUAUAUAAUUUUUCAAAUGCAGAAAGAUGACUUCCCCGAAUACAAUUGCAAAGCAUUUCUUUUAUUCUGGGAACAAGGGUGGUGGAAAUAUCUGAAUAAGAGGCAUUCCAGUUAGGAUCUUAAAAAAUAACCGAGGAUCUUAAAACAAACAUCUAAAUAGAUGCUUAUUUUCCAAAAUUUACAUUUAACCUAGAUGUGUAAAUAUUCAUUUAACUUGUUGAAGGUACUUUUAUAAACUUAAAAAUUCUAACCAAAUUUUUAGAAAGUCAGGCUCUUUUAGAGAGAAAGCUACACCCAUUUCCUCAAUAACUGUUCUGAAAGUCCAUAUGGUGGAAUGCACCAUGUAUAAACUGUGAAUUGUAUUGACAAAUAAAGUUUGUAAUUAAAGUCA